GGGGAUUCUGAUGUUGGGCAGCAGGAGGGACGGGAGGACGGUCUGAAUUCAGAGAUGUUUUGAUAUCUGAUCUGGCUCAUGGCUCUUUGUGUGUCUGCUGGUUUGAGCUCCUGGUUGCGGAUGCUGCGCUGGUGCUGACUCGUGAUGCUGAUAACAGGCCAGACCCAUCUAACCCCCUCCUGUACAGUGAUAGCUGAAAAACGAUAAAUCGGGAGAAAAAAAUCAUCAAUAGGCCAGUUAGAUCCAGUGUGCACGACGGUGACAGGAGCGGCUGUGUGAGGCGGGAUGUUCUGAGCGGAGAGCCGGCGAGCGGCGUCGGCUGGCGGGAUGAAGGCGCCGAGGAGACCGAGGCAGACGCCGCUCCUCCCCCGGUUCUGCGUCUGUGGAGUCGGUCUGCUCGUAGCCGCCUGGAUCUUUAACCUGAAUCAUGUUUCAGGUUCCCAUGCACCGACUGUGGAUCUUGAAAUCUCCAAGAGGGAGCUCACCCAGCAAGAAGAAGACAGCAAUCUGACUGAGCUUAUUACUAAAUCUGCCAUCAGUGAUUUUCCUGAAGACAUCUUCACUCUGCAGCAGAGGAGACAAGGAGCGGUGCUCCUUCAUGUUCUCUGUGCUAUCUACAUGUUUUAUGCGCUGGCGAUCGUGUGUGAUGUUUACUUUGUGCCAUCACUGGAAAAGAUAUCAGAGAACCUUCAGCUCAGCCAGGAUGUUGCCGGGGCAACUUUCAUGGCAGCUGGAAGCUCCGCCCCCGAGCUCUUCACAUCUCUAAUUGGGGUGUUUAUUACAAAAGGAGACGUGGGUGUGGGAACAAUCGUGGGCUCAGCUGUCUUUAACAUCCUCGUCAUCAUCGGCCUCUGCGGCAUCUUCGCUGGACAGCCCAUCACUCUGAGCUGGUGGCCUUUGUUUCGGGAUGCUAUCUUCUACAUCCUGUCCAUAUUGGUGCUUAUCCUGGUGAUCUACGAUGAAAAGGUCAUGUGGUGGGAGACCAUCAUCCUGAUGUCCAUGUAUGGAGUCUACAUAAUCAUCAUGAAGUUCAACAGAUCUCUGUGCAGCUGGGUGGAGAGACACUGCAGCAGGGCGGGUCAGCCGUGUCUCAGCAGCCUGCGACGGGGGACGGCUGUCGGGAACAUCGGAGACUGUGACAACGACAUGGUGCCGCUGAAGCCAGAUUCCUGUGUGGUGGCCGGCCAGGACUCCGGGGUGGUGAUGGUAGAUGAGCUGCUGAACCUGCACCCCCACCAGCUCUCCUUCUCAGAGGCAAGCCUCCGUCUUCUCAUCACCCCGCAUUUCCCCCCCUUCACCCGCCUGUGCAUGGCAGGACGCAUGGUCAUCAGCGAGAGGCAGAGGCUGAUUCAGGCCCGGGGUGGCCCAGUGGAGGGGGGAGCAUCAGGGGAGGAAGGUCUGGGUGCUAACGGGGCGUGGGGUAGGGAGAACGGGGCGGCGACUGAGGGCGACAGGCACCCGCUGGAGGGUGAGAGGGGUAAAGAGACGGAGGGAGAGACAGGCGGAGCACAGCCAAAAGAGGAAGAGGAGGAGGAGGAGGAGGAGCAGGAGCAGGAGGAAGGAGAGGAGGAGGACGACGACGCUCCUUUAAAACCCUUCGUUGUGCCAGACGGUGUGUGUCUGCGCCUGAAGUGGCUGCUCUCCUGGCCCUUGAGCGUCCUGCUGUACUUCACCAUCCCCGACUGCAGCCUGCCGCGGUGGGAGCGCUGGUACCUGCUCAGCUUCCUGUCAUCCACGCUCUGGAUAGCGCUCUACUCCUACCUCAUGGUCUGGAUGGUGACCAUAAUCAGCAACACACUUGGAAUCCCAGAAGUCCUCAUGGGCAUCACUUUUCUGGCAGCCGGCACCAGCGUCCCUGACUGCAUAGCCAGCCUCAUCGUCGCCCGACAAGGGAUGGGCGACAUGGCUGUGUCCAACUCUAUCGGCAGUAAUAUCUUUGAUGUGCUUCUGGGCCUGGGCUUCCCCUGGGCGCUGAGGACUCUCAUCGUCAGCUACGGAUCAGUGGUGACAAUCAACAGCAAAGGCCUGGUGUACUCAGUGAUUCUCCUUCUGGCCUCAGUCAUACUCACUGUCCUGUGUGUCCAUCUGAACAGCUGGAAGCUGGACCGCAGGCUGGGUUUCUGUCUCAUUCUGCUUUACGCCAUCUUCUUCCUCUGCUCUGUCGGCUUCGAGAGGCUGUAGAGGACACACCUCAUACACACCCACGCACAGUCACACAAAUGACGCACUGUACACAAGUGGUCCAACGUGUUUUCCAGCUUCCCUUGCUGCCAUUGUUCAUCAAUACCCAGUUCUUUGAAUUUUCAUUUCACUUCGCGUGACUGUACAUGUUUAAGCAGAGUGACUAUGACUCCAGCUUCCUGAAGGCUACAUGUUCAUCUUUGAUAAACAAGUAUUUUACAUAGUUUUGUACCGUGCACCUGCAGCCCAGACCCAAAUGAUGAUGCACUAUUAUGUAUGUCUCAAAACCAAUGUAUAAAGUGUUGCGUUUUUAUUCUGACACCAAGAGAAGUGUGACAAACCCCGAAGUGUGCUAGUUUACUUAUUAAUACUUUACGACUGCCACAAGUAACCUCAUAUGAUGACACGUUUAUAUCUGCUUCUCAGUGCAUGAACUUAUUUAAUGUUUUCAUCACGCCUUUGUGUCUGCAGUUGUACUGAGCAUAGCAUGGCUGAUCAUCACGCUCCAGAAAAUUGCACUAAGCCACUGUUGUCUUUGCCUUGUACAAAAUGUAGCCCCCCCCCCCCCCUUUCUCUCUCCUCAAAGCUUCUCUGCACAGAGGUGAGUUUUUUUAGCUGGAGUUUAUGCUACAAGGUGUUUUUGAAUGUCUGUGUUUGGAGAGAGUCCUUGAGUGUGCGUGCUGUUGAAAUAAAACAUGUUUUGUUGUGUGAA